AUCCAUUUGCCACCAGCUCCUGUGUAGCAUCUCAUGGUUCUCAUCCACAGAAAAUGCUGGCCAAAGAAAAUCUCACCCGACAUAUAAAGGGCGUAAUGUGCAGCAAACAUUUUAUAACUCCACCGAUUCGUUAUUGCCCGUUCUGAAGGGAAAAUUAGGAUGAGCUCGUCCAUUGCCCGCGUUUUUUCCCACUCUCCCAUCUCCAUCUGCAACUCUUUGUCCAAACUCCAUGAUUUCUAUACUGGUCUACGAGUAGCACCAAUGCGGUUUCAAUUUCCACUACAGAAACCCCUUUCCUUGUUACAAUUUCCUAAAAUGAGGAGUACAGUUAUCGUAAUGAGAGACAGGGGAAAGAAUCGUAAACCAUUACAAAGAGGAAGAGUAAGUAUUGAAGCAAUACAGACAGUUCAAGCACUUAAACGAGCUAAGAAGGAUGAGAAUUCAUUGAAACAAGUUUUUGAAACGAUGUUUAGAAGGUUGGUUAAACUAGAUAUGAUUGCUGUUCUUCGAGACUUACAAAGACAGAAUGAACCCGUUUUAGCACUCCAAGUGUUUGACGAAAUGCGUAAGGAGGAUUGGUAUAAACCACAAGUGUUGAUGUAUGCUGAGAUGAUUACAUUCUUAGCAGACAAUGAAUGUUUUGAUAAGGCUGAACUUGUGUUUAUGUAUAUGAAGAUGGAAAAUGGAUUAGAAGGUGGUGUCCAGGGGUUUAAUGCUCUUUUGACAACCUUUAUGGAUUUUGGUAAUGUUGCGUUAUGUAUGGAGUGUUAUGAGUUGAUGAGAAAGGUGGGUUGUGAACCAGAUAGGUUGGCAUUUAAGAUAUUGAUUAAUGGGUUGGAAUCAAAGGGGGAAUAUGGUCUUUCUGUUAUUUUAAGACAAGAAGCAGAGGGUUUCUUUGGUGAGGAUUUGGAGUUUUUAGAAGAGAUGGAAGAGAUACAAUCGAGCAACUGGCCUCGUUGGUGAACUCAUGCAUAAAAAAGGGGAGGUCCUUUCUCUGCUUAUUACUUAAAGGGGAGGCAACAAAAUUGCGUUAAAGAAGAAUGUAGCAAAUUUCUUAUAUAUAGAGGUGUUUCAGUUAACCCUAUAUAAGCACUAUAAUGAAGAACAAGCUAUAUUGUUACCUUCUAAACUGAACUGGCACCACAUCAGCUCUUUUAUCAGCCAUUCCAGCAAAAGCAGUUUCAGACAUUUCAAAGUG